CUCCUUCUUCCUCUGCUGGACCUGCAGCCCCCAUCGCAGAAUUUGCUGCUGCUUGUGGACUCCAUCGAUGAAGGGGAGAUCUUCAAAGAUUCCGACUGGAAGCCUUCUGGGAAGAGUGGGACCAUUGCUGAGCUUCUGUCCAAUCACCAGGAGCUCUUCCCAUCCUGGUUACUCCUGGUGUGUUCAGCUCGAAAACAAAACAAAGAAAUUAGCAGAAUGUUUUCAGGUUUCAGGAAAAUUUGCCUGGAUGAUCUCCGUAAAUCCCACAUUGUGAAGGAUGUGCAGCAGUACAUUCUGUGCCGACUGGACCAGGAGGUAGCUCUGAGGCAGCACCUGACCCGUGACACUGCAGAGAUGUUAAACCAGCUUCACAUUAAGAGCAAUGGGUGUUUCCUGUACUUGGAGAGAGUGUUGGAUGGGGUGCUGGAUAAUUUUAUCAUGCUGCGUGAGAUUCGUGAUAUUCCUGGCACCCUCAAUGGCCUCUACCUUUGGCUGUGCCAGCGACUCUUCACCCGCAAGCAGUUCACCAAGAUCCAGCCAAUCCUCAAUGUGAUGCUGGCUGCCCAGAGACCUCUGACUCCCCAGGAGUUGUUUGAAGCUGUGUGGACCAAGGGCACUUGCUUAACAGCCAAUGAUUUCCAAUGCAAGAUGGAGAUGUUGUCCAAACUUCUGCUGGAUGGGGAAGGUGGCACCAAAAUUGUCUUUCACCACAGCUUUGCUGAAUGGCUGCUGGAUGUUAAGUAUUGCACUCAGAAGUACCUGUGCAGUGUGGCACAGGGGCAUGCCAUGCUCGCCAUGGCUCUGACCUGCCAUGCCAAGGAACUGACAGCUGCCCAGGUACAAGAAUAUGCCUGGCACCUCGUCCACUCCCGGCUCCAGACUGAGCCUUGCUGCCUGGCGCUCUGGAUGCUGUGGAGUGGGGCACCAGUCAGCCGAGACUCCCUGGCCUCCAUCUUGCUGGUGGAGCAGGAGGUCCUGCAACUGCUGGUCAAAGCUGGUGCCUAUGCCACUGACCAGGAGGGAGCAGAUUCCUCGGGGGUCAUUCACCGCGCACUGGAGAGGGAGGACUCCAUCCGAAUGCUGCUGGAGAACGGGGCGAGUGUCCACCAGCGCGAUUCGAGUGGGCGCACACUGCUCGCCAACGCAGCUUACAGUGGCAACCUGGAAGUGGUCAACCUCCUGCUGUCCAGGCAGGCCAACCUAGAGACUGAAGACCACCAAGGACAGACCCCCUUAACCCUGGCAGCUCGCAUGGGUCACGCUAAAGUCCUUCACUGCCUGAUUUCACACGGUGCCAACAUCAAUCAUGCUGACCAGGAAGGCUGGACUGCACUGCGGUCAGCAGCCUGGGGAGGGCACUCUGAAGCAGUGACAGUGCUGCUGGAGUCUGGGGGCGCUGAGGUGGACAGUGUGGACACUGACCAUCGCACAGCACUACGGGCUGCCGCCUGGGGUGGACAUGAAGACAUCGCCCUCACCCUGCUGCGACAUGGGGCUGAGGUCAACAAGGUGGACACAGAUGGACGCACUGCGCUGAUUGCUGCUGCCUACAUGGGUCACCGGGAGAUGGUGGAGAUCCUGCUGGACCAUGGUGCUGACAUCAAUCACCGGGAUGCAGACGGGCGCUCGGCACUGUCCGUGGCAGCACUGUGUGUGCCCGCCAGCCGGGGCUAUGCCAACGUAGUGAGCCUGCUUAUCGAGCAGGGUGCAGAGGUCGGGUACCGGGACCGCGAUGGCCUGACCCCACUCCUGGUGGCUGCCUAUGAAGGUCACGCAGACGUGGUGGAUCUGCUGCUGGAAGGUGGAGCCGAUGUGGAUGAAGCAGACUCCACUGGGCGUACACCGCUCCUAGCUGCAGCUUCCAUGGGUCAUGCAGCUGUUGUCAAUGCUCUGCUUUUCUGGGGUGCGGCUGUGGACACCAUCGACAGUGAGGGUCGAACCGUACUGAGCAUCGCUGCUGCUCAUGGCAACACUGAGGUGGUGCAGACCCUCCUGGACAGAGGUCUGGAUGAGAACCACCGUGAUGACAUGGGCUGGUCACCCCUUCACAUGGCCAGCUUCGAGGGUCACUGCUCUGUCUGCCUGGCACUGAUUGAGCAGGGUGCCAGGGUGACAGAGGUGGACAAUGAUGGAAGGAUCCCAGUUAUCCUGGCAGCUCAGGAAGGCCAUUGCCAGUGCGUUGAAGUCCUGCUGGAACAUAAAUCUCCUGUGGACUGGCGAGGCUACGAUGGGCGGACAGCGUUAUGUUCCGCAGCUCUCGAAGGUCACAAGGAGGUGGUGAAGAUGCUGUUGAGCAAAGGGGCCAGUGUAGACGUGAAGGAUGCAGACGGGAGGCCCUUGCUCUACCUCCUGGCCUUGGACAGCCAGAUGGAGAUGCUUCAGCUGCUCCUGGAUGAAGGAGCUGCUAAUCUUGAGGCACAGGACAUGGAGGGACGGACAGUACUGCAUGUGUGUUGCUGGCAGGGCACCCUGGAGCUGGUAAAGUUACUGGUCAAGUACGGAGCAGAUGUGAACGCCUUGGACAAUGACCAUCGCUCAGCCCUGCAUUCAGCAGCCUGGCAAGGCCAUUCACCUGUGGUGCAAUUUCUGAUUGAAAGUGGGGCUCGUGUUGAUCACGCCUGUAACCAGGGAGCCACCAGCCUCUGCAUAGCCUCACAGGAAGGUCACACAGAGGUGGUAAGGAUUCUUGUGGAGAAGGGAGCAGAUCCUAACCAUGCUGACUCAUAUGGCCGCACCCCAAUGAGAGUGGCAGCCAAACGUGGGCAGACAAAAAUCAUGAAGUUGUUGGAGAAAUUUGGUGCACCAGCAUUCAAUGGCUAUUUGGCACCAGCACCUGGGCAGAAAGGGGAGCUACAAACUUCCACGGUGAAGACUCUGUCCUCUGGUACAUCCAACAGCUCGGGAAGUCCCAGUGUGGUGGCUGGGGAGAUGCUUUCUGCCAACCGCACGGUCAGUGAAAGAAAACAAAUAGUGGCAACAAGCUCUCCCUCUGGGUCCCCAGACUCCACUGUGGAUCAUCGCAAAUCUCUCAUGUCCAACAACUCUCUGAAAAGUUCCAAAAACUCCUCCAUUGUCACCUCAUCCACCUCCCAUUCUCUAGCCACUGACCAGACGGUGCCCAUCGAUAGCUUGACCUUCACUCAGCAGAUCCAGCAACAUUCUCUGCCGCGCAGCCGCAGCCGACAGUCCAUCCUCACCUCCCCUUCGUCAACACUGGUCAAACCCAAAGCCAACUCACAGACCAGUGCCAUAUCAGAGGCAGUAAAGAGCCCAAGUAGGCACGGAGGGAGCACACCCUUAUCGAGCCCAGCGCUGGGCAUUGAGCUGACAGAGACCAGCCCCAAGGGCAAGAAGGGACCAUCAGGGAAGGUUGCUGUGACCGGUGUUCCAGAGCAGAUUUCCAAAGCGGAAAUCACCAAGAGGAGCUUACAGAUUGGAUCACCACUCAUUACGUCAGUUGACAACAACAAACUGCAUGUCGAGCGGGAGGCCUCUCCCUUCUCUUGGUACUGUGACAAACAAACUAUGUCCUCAGGGCUGGAGGAGAAACAGAAUGGAAUCCUCGGCAAGUCCCAUGGCAGAGGUCCCAGGAGCCCAAAGCCAUCUCCCCAAAAGCUGAACAGCACCAGUGCAGUAGAGAAAGUGAUGAUGGAACCAUUGAUCACAAUCACGACCCUAGAUCCUGAACUAAAUCUCAAACAAGCUAUCAAACUUCAAUUCGAGGGUCCAACAAGUGGCUUUAAUUACAAGAAGGAAACGCCUCUAUGAGGGGAAAGCUUCUGGUGACUGGCUUGAUUGCAGAGAAAGUCGCUGCACUAGGUUCGGACUCCCUGGACUUGAAGAAAUAUUGUUCUGUGCCAUGGGAUGGACCUUCUGAGAUUCCAGGAAAGGCAGCAGUAUUCAUCAGGCUCAAUUCUCUGGGAUAGCACUACAUAAUUCAGGAAAAGGACUGACCUCUUCCUCAUCAUAUCAAUGUAUAAUUCUGUGAAUAUGCAUUGCAGUCUGCUUUGUUUAAUGGCCUACAUCUGCUGUAAAACAGUGUGUACAGUAUUUGGGUCUUUUCCUGAUGCAAUCGGGAUACAAUUUUUAUUUUUCUUAAUUUUAUUUCCUUCAGCGUUAAUACUUAUGCGAAGUGAGUGAAGAAGGUCAGUGGGAUUUGUCCUAAUCCUUCACUGGAGUGGAUACCCCUUCCCCCUACCCUUCUGGAUAGUGCCCUCUGACCUCCUGGUCAGGAUAUUGGAGUUUAAACAAUGUUCGAUAUAAGCAGGUUCAUCCGAGUCUGGGAGCACAGUCACGCUGUACCAUUGGUGAUGAUGGAAAACCACCUACUGUGUCCUGUAUUAUUCUCCACAUCCCAUAAUAUUUACAAGCUGUGCUGCUGUUACUAUUAUUAUAAUGGUAUAUAUGCCUAUCCCAGCAGUUCAAGUGCUAUGACUAGUUGUGCCCAAGUUAUUAUAGAUGAUUAAUGGUGAUGUAUUUGUCCAUGUGAAUCAUGCAAGUACUACAGAUUGUAUCAUUGAUUUCUGAGUGCUGGUUAUGUUGGAUUGAUGGAAGAUUUCAAUAGCUUUGUUUGCUGGGGUGGGAAUAUGUUUGGGAGGCUGUAUCAAUGUGCAGGAGUUCAGUAUGAACCGGAAUCUCCAGGCCCAUAAUGUAUUGCUGCUUCACACAGUUUGCAAUAUUUCCUCUGGGGAACAGCCCAACCACCCCCUGCCCCAGAUACAUGCCUGCUCACCCUUGCCCCUUGUUUACCCCUCAGGGGACAAGGAGAGGGAGCCAUUACCCAGGCUGAGAGAAAUGCUUGGAUGUACUUGCUGGAUGUUGAACUGGGUACAUCUGGUUAUGACUGCUUCACAGCAAUGAAAAGAAUCCAGGGCCCCUUUGGAGGGGAACUGCGACCAAGUUAACUCCUGAGUGGGGUUGUGGAUGUUGGACACCGAGUUUGGGAGAGGGUUUGUGGCAUUUGGAUUUCUUGACGGGGGUAGGGAGAGAUUCACCAGCAUUCACCUGAUCCUCUGAGGCUGACCUCAGCAUUCCAGAUUACCUUGGGGCUGAUUCUGGGCUUUGGGAAGAAUCUCAAUGGUUGCCCUAACUCCCCAUUUUCUCAUGUACUGUAAAAUUUCUGAUCGUAUUUUUUAGAGGGAGCGAGCAGGGGUUGCUGGGCAGUCUUGAAUUGAUUUGUUAAUUUUGGUGCUCUUCUGAUGUUCAUUUCUAUGGAGGGUUACUGAUCAUUUCUGGCAUAUUCAGCUGGCUGCUGUAUUCCUCUCUUUCUGGUUUUUAUACAUGGAUUUUUUUGAGAUAAAAUGUUCCUACUGGAGAUUCUUUCCCUCUCAUGCCAAAUACAAAGCUUUUGGAUUUAA